GCCGUCUCCAACGUGCUUUUGAGGCACCCCCAUAAUCCAUCUCUCUCUCUCUCUCUCACCCCCAUAAUCCAUUUCUCUCUCUCUCUCUCCUUGAUCAAUUCCACUCUGUUUUAGAAUCAUAGGACAAAUCAAGUGGAGGUGAAGGGGAUUCUGGAAGCAGAAGAAACCAAAGGGUUAUGUAUCCUGAUUCCUGAAAAUGCUAUUUAAAAGUUCAUUAUUGGGUUUUUUAAUUUUAAGGUUCAGGAAGAUGUGGUAGAGGCAUGUGAAUUGUGGUGUGGUACAGGGAUGGGAGGCCUAACCCUUUUCGACAAUCAUUCUGCUCUUAUCUUCUUUCUCUCUCUGCCUUUUCCCCAUUAAAAGCCGCUCUGUGUUUCACUUCCUUCUCGCCACUUCUCUCUCACUGGAAAGCUGAAGUUCUUAACUGAGCAAGUUCUUUCUCUCUCUGCCUUUUCCUCAUUAAAAGCCGCUCUGUGUUCCACUUCCUUCUCGCCACUUCUCUCUCACUGGAAAGCUGAAGUUCUUACCUGGGCAAGUUCUUUCUCUCUCUGCCUUUUUCCCAUUAAAAGCCGCUCUGUGUUUCGCUUCCUUCUCGCCAAUUCUCUCUCACUGGAAAGCUGAAGUUCUUAACUGGGCAAGCAUCAAAUUCAGCAAUUUCAGCUUCAUUUAAGAUCUUGAUAAGAUGGAACCACCAAACAAGCAAUCGCCUCGCAUUCCACCCGCAUCCAGAGACUCACGCGGCUCGCUCGAGGUUUUCAACCCAACUCCUCACAACUCCAGCCCCCCCGCCACCAACCCAACCUUCGGUACCACUCCUAAUUAUUCCCAGCCCACCUGGAAAACCUGGCUCGACCCACCAUCCCGCCACCCCGCGCCACCGCUGGCGGAGGAGUCCACCCUCUCUUCCGCUUCCGGCAGAGCCAACGCGGACGAAAUCACCUCAUGGAUGGCCCUCAAGGACAACUCCACAACCGCCCCAGCACCACCGCCAUCCCCGCCUGGUGUCACCGCCAAAAUGACCGUCUCCCGUGGUGUCAGUGAUCAGAACGGUAACCGCCAGAAAUCGACCGCUGUGUCCGGGGAAGCGGGCACGGCGGCGAAAAGGGCGGCGGAGUGGGGGCUAGUGCUGAAGACGGACAACGAAACGGGGAAGCCACAGGGGGUGAAGGUGAGGACUUCUGGGGAUGAACAGAAUACCAAACCCGGGAACUCUAGGAGGGACUCGGGUAACUCGAUGCGGAGCUCCGGUGACUUAUCAUCGGAUGAUGGAACAGGAAGGGACAGAGGGUUUCCUAGAGUAUCCGAGGAUGUAAAGAACGCAUUGUCCUCAUUCCAACAAACGUUUGUGGUUUCGGAUGCAACCAAACCCGAUUACCCAAUCAUGUACGCGAGUGCCGGGUUCUUCAAAAUGACUGGUUACACAUCAAAAGAAGUCAUAGGGAGGAACUGUCGGUUUUUACAGGGUGCGGGUACGGAUCCGGGAGAUGUGGCAAAGAUCCGGGAAGCGUUGCAGCAAGGGAAUAACUACUGUGGGAGGCUGCUCAAUUACAAGAAGGAUGGGACACCCUUUUGGAACCUCCUCACCAUUGCACCUAUCAAGGAUGAGACUGGAAAAGUCCUUAAACUUAUUGGAAUGCUAGUGGAGGUGAGCAAGCACACUGAGGGUUCCAAGGACAAGAUGACCCGUCCCAAUGGCCUGCCUGAAUCAUUGAUUCGAUACGAUGCCCGUCAGAAGGAAAUGGCUACUAGUUCGGUAACUGAGCUAGUGCAGGCAGUGAAGAGACCACGGGCACUCAGUGAGUCCACAGACCGCCCCCUCACUGCAAAUGGGGCUCCUGACAGACGGCAUUCUGUCGCUGGCACCAGAGCCUCCAUGCAGAAAAUCAGCGAGUUGCCAGAAAAUAAACAUAAGAAAUCUGCACGUCAGUCUUUCAUGGCGAUUGUAAGGAAAACUCGUCCGAGCACUGAUGAUUUUGAUAUUGGAGUGACUUUGGAUGACGACGACGACGACGACGACUCUGAUAGUGACAAUGAUGGGCGGCCUGACAGUUUGGAUGACAAAGUGAGGAAGAAGGAGAUGAGAAAGGGUAUCGAUCUUGCUACAACACUUGAACGUAUUGAGAAGAAUUUCGUCAUUACUGAUCCAAGGCUGCCUGAUAAUCCCAUUAUAUUUGCAUCGGAUAGCUUCUUGGAGCUCACUGAGUACAGCCGUGAAGAAAUUUUGGGUAGAAAUUGUAGAUUUCUUCAAGGCCCUGAAACUGAUCCAGCAACAGUGAGGAAAAUUAGACAGGCAAUUGACACCCAAUCAGAGGUUACAGUGCAGCUUAUUAACUACACCAAAACAGGCAAGAAGUUCUGGAAUUUGUUCCAUCUUCAGCCUAUGCGUGAUCAGAAGGGUGAAGUUCAGUAUUUUAUUGGGGUCCAAUUAGAUGGUAGUGAACAUGUUGAGCCACUUCACAACUGCAUCCCUGAGGAAACAGCAAAAGACAGUGCAAAACUGGUGAAAGAAACAGCUGCAAAUGUUGAUGACGCCGUCAGGGAGCUUCCUGAUGCCAACUUGAAACCAGAGGACUUAUGGACUAACCAUUCAAAAGUGGUUCACCCCAAGCCCCACAGGAGAGACAGUUCAUCUUGGCAGGCUAUCCAAAAGAUUCUUGAUGGUGGUGAACCAUUAAGCUUGAAGCAUUUUAAGCCAAUAAAACCCUUGGGAUCUGGCGAUACUGGCAGUGUGCAUUUGGUGGAAUUGUGUGGAACCGGAGAACACUUUGCCAUGAAAGCCAUGGAUAAGGGGGUCAUGCUCAACCGAAACAAGGUGCACAGAGCUUGUGCAGAAAGAGAAAUCCUGGACAUGUUGGAUCAUCCUUUUCUUCCAGCACUGUAUGCUUCAUUUCAGACAAAAACUCAUGUGUGCCUGAUAACUGAUUACUGCCCCGGGGGAGAGCUGUUCCUGCUUUUAGACAGACAACCACUGAAGGUCUUGAGGGAAGAUGCUGUGAGAUUCUACGCUGCAGAAGUAAUUGUUGCGUUGGAGUACCUGCACUGUCAAGGGAUAAUUUACAGGGACUUGAAGCCCGAAAAUGUUUUACUUCAGAGCAAUGGCCACGUGUCCUUGACAGAUUUCGAUUUGUCUUGCUUGACAUCUUGCAAGCCCCAGCUUUUGAUUCCAGAAGCAAAUGCAAAGAAAAGGCAUCAUAAAGGUCAACAGUCUCCAAUAUUUAUGGCUGAACCAAUGAGAGCAUCAAAUUCUUUCGUUGGAACUGAAGAAUACAUAGCUCCAGAAAUCAUAACUGGAGCUGGACACAGUAGUGCAGUGGACUGGUGGGCUCUUGGCAUUCUUCUAUAUGAAAUGCUGUAUGGAUAUACACCAUUUAGGGGAAAGACAAGGCAAAAGACAUUUGCCAACGUUCUCCAUAAGGAUCUUAAAUUCCCAAGCUCUAUACAGGUGAGUCUCUCUGCAAAGCAGUUGAUGUACCGGUUGUUGCACAGAGAUCCCAAAAUCCGAUUGGGUUCACAUGAAGGAACAGAUGAAAUUAAGCGACAUCCUUUCUUCAGGGGUGUCAACUGGCCUUUAGUUCGUUGCAUGAAACCUCCGAAGCUCGAUUGUCCUCUCUUCGGGACUGAAGGCCAAAAGGAAGCUAAAGUUGUUGAUCCUGGGCUAGAGGAUCUACAGACAAAUGUUUUCUAAAAGCAGAAUGGGAAUUCUCAAAAAAUUUCAUCUCACUCGGGGCAAAUAAACGGUUGUACUCGAAGUGCCUUCCUUCUGGGCAAUGAGUUACAACCUCACUGUUUUUCUUUUGAUCCUCACAAUCUCACUGUUUGCCACUCUUUCGCCUGGUGCUUUUUCCUCCAAAUCUUAGCCUGGGAAUGCAUCUUGGUCAUUGUUCGUUUUGUUGUAUGUGUUUUUUUGAACGGCCGUUUUGUGUAUGUGUGGGUUGAUGUUCUCUAAUCCUUGUCCAUUGAUUCUUGAAAAUUUAGUUAAUAAAUCUCUCUCUCUCUCUCUCUC